AUGGCCCAGCUGGACAAGUACUCCACACAGCUACUGAAGAUCAUCAAAAAGAAGGGAGGGAUAAUCAAAGCAAAAACUGCCUCGAUUCUGCAGUUUCUUGAUCAGGAUGCUGAUGCUGAUCUCAGAAGGGAGUGUGUCCUCAAAUCUCUCAUCAUAUACCUGGGAGAAUGUCUUGAGGACCUGAUCAAAGAAUACACGAUGUCCGAGAAAGAUCAAGCCGAGCAAGAGCUGGAGAGUACCACCAUGGCAGUCUUCGUCUUGAGGGAGAACUCGAGCCUUCUUCAACAGCCCAAAGAGAUCGGGAUCAUCAUUGAUGGUGUGGAAGUCCUCAAUGAGUUAUCUUCUGUGGCAGCUGGAGUGAUGAUGCUCUUUGGACUCUGUUUUGCACUUAAUAUGGAAUAUCCACAGGGGUUCAGGUUCACCUUUGAGGCUCUUCAGAAGAUCCUUAUGGAGCUUGGUUCCAACAAGAUGAGCUCCAAGAUUCGCAAACUGAAUGGAGAACUCCACACUGCACAGUAG